GUUGGCAGCAGUGACCAGAAUAAAAACAGCAACACCAGACUCAAAGUAGGGGGGGGGAACAGAGUCGUCUCCCCUCUUGUAAUGACACAGCGUCUCCCCCGUAUCUUUUUACCUUUUUCACUCUACUUGUCCGCUCUUUGAGACCUCGGGGAAGAGGUAAUUAGCUGGGAGAGAAUAAAACCAGCUGAUCGGGAGAGGGGUGGUGCAUUCUGGAGAGAGAUGGCUAACAGAAUCGCUCUCUUGCUCGUCUGUGGAGUCGUCCUCCUAGCGUUGAUUCAGUCCUCUCUUCAAGGAGGUGUGUAUGUGCCACCUGGUACUGGAUAUAGACCAGGCGCUCCUUUGCCAGGGACUGGAUAUUUUCCAGGGUCAGCUGGAGGUGGUCCUGCAGGCUAUAAACCAGCAAAACCUGGAGCACUAGGAGGUUAUGGCGGUGGAGGCCGAGGUGCUGGGACCGGCGGUGUGGUACCAGGAGGAGUGGGAAUGGGCGGCCUUAGCUAUGGAGGGCUGCCAGCAGGACAAGGAGGAAAGCCUCCAAAACCAGGUUAUGGAAAUCUAGGAACUGGGAUCGGCGGUUAUGGAGGAUACGGUGGUGGUACUGGAGGGUUUUACCCGUCACAGAAAGCUGCUGCCAAAGCAGGUGCUGGAGCAGGAGUGGGACCUGGAGGUGCUGGAACUGGACCCUCUGUCCCCGGUGGAGCACCUGUUAUUCCUCAGACGGGGCUUCCAGGAGGAGCCGGUGGUGCAGCAGGAAAGAAAGCUGCCAAAGUGCCAGGUGUGGGUGUCCCUGGACUUUACCAAGGAGGAAUUGUACCAGGAACUGGGUUUGGCGGCCGUGGAGUUCUGCCUGGGGUCGCUACUGGAACAAACCUAAAUCCCAAAUCAAUUGGAGGACAACAGGGAGGCCAAGUCCCAGGAACCAGAGGGUUUGGUGGGCCAAUGCAGCCCGGUGUAUUUCAUGGUUACCCCCUCAAAUCUCCCAAAGCGCAAGGGGGCUAUGGUGCUAAGCCUGGAGGUGGCAAAGUUCCCUAUGGUUACGGGGGUUAUGGCGUUGGUGGAACUGGACUUCCAGGAGGAAAAGCUGGUCCUGGAUCAAAACCUGGCUAUCCUGUCGGAACUGGAGUGGGGCCUGGAGGCAUCUUACCUUCUCAAUCUAAAGCUGCUAAAUAUGGUGCUGGCGUUGGUGGCGUCGGUGGCUUUGGAGGCGUCAGGGGCGUUGGAGGCGUCGGUGGCGUUGGAGGCGUCGGUGGCGUUGGUGGCGUCGGAGGUGUCGGUGGCGUCGGAGGCGUCGGAGGCGUCGGUGGCGGUGGUGGACUAUACCCAGGGCAGGUGCCAGGAGGAUAUGGACCUGGGUCCAAGGCUGCUAAAUAUGGAGUACCAGGAGGAGUACCGGGAGGAGUACCAGGAGGAGUACCAGGAGGAGUACCUGGAGGUGCACCAAUUGGAGUACCAGGGGGAGGUGGAUACCUCCAACCAGGAAAAGCUGCCAAAUAUGGACUAGGCGGAGUUGGGGGAACGGGAGGAGUCGGAGGAACGGGAGUGGGAGGAAUAGGAGGAGUGGGAGGUGGAGGAUACUCUCCUGCAUCCAAGGCUGCUAAGUACGGCGUGGUACCAAGAGUUGGUGGAGGAGUCGGUGGUGCAGGAACACAGUUUAUACCUGGAUAUGGAUCUUUGACAGCUGGUGCCAAACCUCCAAAAUACGCUCCUCAAACAGGCCUUGGAGGAGUAGGAGUCCCUGGUGGAGCAGGACAGGUGCUACCCGGCGGUGGCUAUGGUGGUUAUGGAGGUGGUGCAGGGGUCAAACCUCCAAAGUAUGGAGUUCCAGGAGGAGUUGGAACGGGAUUUGGAUAUGCAGGACUGGGAGGAACAGGAGGAGCAGGAGGAGGGCCUUUUGUCCCAGCAGGGGGACAGUACUCUGCAGCAGCAAAAGCUGCCAAAUAUGGAGUUGCAACAGGAGGUGCUGGAACAGGAGUGGGAACAGGAGGAACAUUAGGAGCCCAGGGAGCCGGACAAUAUUCUGCAGCAGCCAAAGCAGCGAAAUACGGAGUCGCAGGUGGUGCUGGGACAGGACUGGGAACGGGUGGACUGGGAACAGGACUGGGAACAGGAGUACAAGGAGGUGGACAGUACUCUGCUGCUGCAAAAGCUGCUAAAUACGGUGGUGCUGGGACAGGACUGGUACCAGGAGUAGGAGGAGCAGGACUGGUACCAGGAGGAACAGGACUGGUACCAGGAGGAGGAGGACUGGUACCAGGAGUAGGAGGAGUACCAGGAGGUGGACAAUACUCUGCUGCUGCAAAAGCUGCUAAAUAUGUUACAGGUGGUGCUGGAACAGGACUGGUACCAGGAGGAGUAGGAGGAACAGGACUGGUACCAGGAGGAGUAGGAGGAACAGGACUGGUACCGGGAGGAGUAGGAGGAACAGGACUGGUACCGGGAGGAGUAGGAGGAGCACAAGGAGGUGUCGGACCUGGUGCGACUCCGGACACGUCCGUCGGCGGCACUGCAAAUGGCUCUGUACCGGCUGUGAAACCAGGGAAGGAAGUAGGUGUUGGCGGAACGCCUCAGCCAGGGCCAACUCCUAUCGCUGCACUUAAUAAGGCCCCAGAGGUCCCACAGCCCAGCGUUGGCACAACUGGUGGACAAGUUCAACCCGGUGCUGGAGUCAAACCACCAAAGCCAUAUGUACCAGUUCCAGGUGCAGGUGGAUACGGGUAUCCGUAUGGAGUUCCUUACGGUACCGGUACCAGCAUCGGCGCCGUGCCUGGGCAGGGAGCAGGAACAGGAGUGAAAUAUCCAGUUGCAGGAGGCAGAGUAGGAAUCCCUCUGGCUGCAGGAGGCUACCAAAUUGGACAGGCGGGAGCUGGUGGUGGAGUCAAACCACCCAAACCAGGUUAUGGUAACUUUGGAGGAGGAGGAGUAUAUCAGCCAGGUGGUGCAGGGACCGGACUGGGACCUGGAGGAGCAGCAGUCGCACCAGGAGGUGGACAGUACUCUGCUGCUGCAAAAGCUGCUAAAUAUGGUGUUCAGUCAGGAGUUGGACCAGGAGGAGUUCAAACAGGUGUGGUUCCUGGUUAUAGUGGAGGAUACCCUCAGCAGUACUACCCAGGUCAAUAUGCGCCAGCCCCACUGACCCCGCAACAAGCCAAGGCAGCAAAGUAUGGUGCGCUGCAGGGCUUCCUUGGCGGAGGAGGCGGCGGAGGAGGCGGAGGCUUUUACAGAGGUGGCGCUGCAGGAUGCCAGGGUAAAUACUGUGGGAGGAGGAAGUAGAGGGUCUCCAGAUCCAGUGACCUCAAGAAACCAUGGUGCUACUGCAUGAUCUAGAAUGUACAUUUUAUAUGCAAACAAAGCCCGAUUAGACAACCUGUAUAGAUGUUUGUUGUUGCUUACUUGACUUCAAUGUCUGUUUUUCUACAAACCCACCGACCCAGAAUUUUGUACACGUUCUGUUGUGAACAUACGUUAUAGAUAGAGCCUUUAGAUAAUCAUGUAUGUGUUCCAGUUAAUCAGCUUUAACUCUUUGCACUCCGUCACAGGAGUUAGAAAUGCUUUGUGUCUUCGGUGAGUGUGUGUGUGUGUGUUUUAUUGUGAUGAUCAGGCUGACCUUUGUGUUUUAAUCCCUAAAACAAGUGGACGAGUCCCACCCGUCCGAGCAGAACCCGUCGCCUCUCGGGGAGGGUUGGUUUGGUCAAAGCUCGCCCAAACGCUGAUCAGAUCUGUCCAAUCUGCUCCCCGCUCUUCCUCCGCUGCUAUUUUUAGCCGUGCCGAGUGUAAAGCGGCGGGAGCUUGCUCGGGCCAACCCAUCUGCUCUCUGAGAUUUUGCUGAUUCUUGUCGCUGUGCAGUGAAGUCUUCUCAGCACUUUCUGAUCUUCGAAGAGCAGAAAGCUGAAGGCAAUCGAAACGUCUUUUGAUGCUUUGCAGGGAGAGAAAAGCAGCCGGCUUUCAGUAGAUGUCAGGCUGACCUGGACUUUGUGUGGUUGAAUGUUGAGUGUGUAGUCUCAUUUAUGUUUUUUUGUUUGUUUGUUUUUUUUUGGACUCAUAGCUUUAUCGUUAUCAGGAAAGCAUAAAACAAGAACAAUCUUUUUGCAUUUAUCCUCUGUUACUAAUUAUUAUUACAGGCUUUGUUUAAUGGGGGAGGAUGUGUGUUUAUGUGAGGCAUAAAAAUCCUCUUGAUUAUUUACUUGAGCUGCUUUUAUCAGGCUUUACUGACCAAAGGUUUCUGAGUGCUGUUGCCGAUGUGACCGCAUCUCUCCAUGUGUAACUAUGUACUGUAUUUUUGACUAAUUUUGAUGUUAGCUGGCGUCAUUUUCUUUCACUCGGGGCUCCGUGAGAACUGUCUUUGAGCCUCGCCGGGUUGGACCAUGUCAGAUGUGACGUGGGAUGCUCUUCAUCUUUAUUUAAAACUGUUUUCAGAAGGAGGAACGGUGUGGUUUUGCACUUUUUUUUUUAAUGAUCUCCACGACACAUGCGACUCGAUCCUAGACAUCCUGGCAAUGUUUUUGCUUUAACAGAUAACAAAAUAAAUGUGUUUAAAGAAGUUG